AUGGAGUCUAUCGAGAAGAAAGGGCUCUUUAAAGAGCUUAACGCUGUCAUAUCCAGAGAUGGGGCUGAGGAGCUGCUGAGAGCAUUCAAGAUAGAUAGCUAUAUCUGGGUCAGUGGAUACUUUAUAUCUCCUUUCUCUCUGGUAAGCAUAAAAAGAGGCCUAAAACAGUUUCUUGUUUCCUGGGAGAUGUCGGACACAGGAUGGCGGUUCAAUUUUGAAAACGAUGCGUAUGUCCAUUUUAGAGGCACAUUUUCAAGCCAAAUAAAAGAUGGAAAGAUCCUUUACAUAAAAAUAAAUACCGCAAAGGUAGACCACAACUCAGAAGUGCACUACUCCAUACUCACACGGUACUUCAAGUGUCUGGACACCUUUUAUUUUAUGGUGACAUCUGUGGAUGACGGCUUUGAAAUACUUACCAAUCCCCUCGGUGCAUCUAGAGGGUGGAGAUCAACCGAAUAA